ACAGAUUCCAUAGAAAUAAUGCCAAAACACGAGAAGGGAACUCCUAAAGAAAUUGCUAAUCGUCACAAAUCGAAAGGACUUCAAAAACUUAAAUGGUUCUGUCAGAUGUGUCAGAAACAAUGCCGGGAUCAGAAUGGAUUCAAAUGCCAUCUUAUGAGCGAAGCCCACCAACGGCAAAUGCUUCUUUUUGCAGAAAACCAAAAUUCCUAUCUACGACAAUUUAGUCAUGAAUUUGAGGCUAAUUUUUUACAUAUUCUUCGUCAUUCUUUUGGUGGUAAGAGGGUGAAAGCUAAUGAUGUUUAUCAAGAAUAUAUAAAAGACAAAGGCCAUAUUCAUAUGAACUCUACUGUUUGGCAUACUCUUACAGGAUUUGUCGUUUAUUUAGGAAAAUCUGGAAAAUGUAAAAUUGAAGAAAAUGAAAAAGGUUUUUUGAAUUCUGUCCAUUUUUAUCAAAAUUCUUCAGGGUGGUUUAUAACUUAUAUUAACCAAGAAGAAGAAUUGAAGAAGCAAAAAUCGCAACAACGAGCUAAACAAGAGAAGGAUGACGAGGAAAGAAUGAAUGACCAUUUGCAACGACAAAUUGAUAGAGCACGUCAACUGCAGGGCGACAAUGAACCAGAAAAAAGAGAGCCUCAAGAGUUGAUAAGAAAUGAUGAAUCAAAAAUUACCUUCUCAUUGGGUGGAAAGAAACCUUUAAUUGAAACCAAGGCAGCAUUUUCUGCUCUUUGUACUCCAACGAAUGUGCUCAAUGCUAAAUCUUCCUCUAAUUUCAAGGAAAAGACCAUGCAGCCUUCGACUUCCUCAUCGACUUCCUCAUCUGUUCAAACGAACUUACGCGAUAAUAAAGCUAGUCAUAAGAGGAAGUCUGCUUUAGAAGAAAUUAUGGAAGAGGAGGGAGAAGCAAUGCGAAAUAAACGAGACUUGAAAAAAUUCUGGUUAAAUAAAUGA